AUGGAAACUACAACAGCUGACAGAGAACCUACAGAGAACCUGACAGAGAACCUGACAGAGAACCUGACAGAGAACCUGACAGAGAACCUGACAGAGAACCUGACAGAGAACCUGACAGAGAACCUGACAGAGAACCUGACAGAGAACCUGACAGAGAAACUGACAGAGAACCUGACAGAGAACCUGACAGAGAAACUGACAGAGAACCUGACAGAGAAACUGACAGAGAAACUGACAGAGAAACUGACAGAGAAACUGACAGAGAACCUGACAGAGAACCUGACAGAGAAACUGACAGAGAACCUGACAGAGAACCUGACAGAGAACCUGACAGAGAACCAGACAGAGAACCUGACAGAGAACCAGACAGAGAACCUGACAGAGAAACUGACAGAGAACCUGACAGGGAACCUACAGAGAACCUGA